UCGUUCGAAAUCACCGUGGGGCAGACGUUGAUUUUCUCAAAACUUCAAUGUGGCCAUUUUCCAGAACCGCAGGCGGUUGUGGAUCAGAUAUCUGCCAUUGCAGGUGGUGCAAAACCGGAAAUGGUCACAGAGUAUGAGAAAUCCUCGUGUACUCUACUCUAG